AUGGCGGCCUCCUUGUGGCGGAGCCGCGGCGGGGCGCUGAGGCUGCUGCUGGCCGGGCGGCCGGCCCUGGGCGCCGCCGCCGCCCGCGGGGGCUGGAGGCUGCUGCACGGCUCCCGGCAGCGCCGCGGUGAAACGGUGAAUGCUGGGGAUGCAUUGUGUGAAAUUGAAACAGACAAAGCGGUGGUUACCAUGGAAUCGAGUGAUGAUGGCGUAUUGGCAAAAUACUGGAAGUACCUAUUCUGCAUUUACAGAUACUGCUUUGUGAGAUUAUAUGAAGAGGAGACGUGGGGAUUCUCUGUGUCAAAAUUCUUAAAGUAUGCUUGCCCAAGAGACAUAAAGGAAAGGAUAGUAGACUCCAGUGCUGACUUGCAAGCAUCUUUAAUAGUGGUUCAUGAUGAGUACAGUGGCUAUGUUAGUUUGGACUUUCAAACAUUUGAUAGUGAUUUGCAUUUUCUUGGUCAAAAUGUCAGCAGUGCGGGUAGAUGUGUGGAAGAAGGAAGCAAAAAUGUACGCUUGGGCUCACUAAUUGGUCUGCUGGUAGAAGAAGGACAGGACUGGAAGCAGGUUGAAAUACCAGCUGAUGUUAGUGAUCCAUCUUCUCUGGCUCCACCAGCAGCUGCACCUACUUCAACUCCUGCAAGUCCUUCAGUUUCAGCCCCUCCUCCUAAACUGGAACAUCCACCUGGAAAAUUGCAGGUUCGCUUAAGUCCUGCAGCUCGCAACAUUCUGGAGACACAUGGACUAGAUCCAAGCAAUGUUACACCUUCUGGGCCUCGAGGAAUCUUCACUAAAGAGGAUGCUCUCAAACUUCUGCAAGAGAAGCAGAAGGGCAAACCCAGUGAAUUGAAACCUCUGGUUUCUCCAGCUCCUCCCCAGCCUAGUGCAGUGCCUUCUGCUUCGCAAGCAACAGCUGUGACUUCUGCUUAUCCAAGGCCAGCAGUUCCACCGCUUUCCACACCAGGACAACCAGCUGCACCGGGCACAUUCACAGAAAUCCCAGCUAGCAACAUCCGAAGAGUUAUUGCUAAGAGAUUAACAGAGUCUAAAACUACUAUACCUCAUGCAUAUGCUGCUGCUGACUGUGACAUUGAUGCUAUUUUGAAAUUAAGAACUGAACUGGCCAAAGAUGACAUUAAAGUAUCUGUAAAUGAUUUUAUUAUCAAGGCGACAGCAGUUACUCUGAAGCAAAUGCCAGAUGUGAACGUAACCUGGGAUGGAGAAGGCUGCAGGCAGCUGCAGUCCAUUGACAUUUCUAUUGCUGUGGCAACAGACCGAGGUCUCAUUACGCCAAUCAUAAAAGAUGUUGCUGCCAAGGGAAUACAGGAAAUUGCUGCCUCUGCAAAGGCUCUAGCAAAGAAAGCAAGAGAUGGAAAGCUGUUACCUGAAGAGUACCAGGGAGGAUCUUUUAGUAUCUCCAAUCUGGGCAUGUUUGGCAUCAACGAUUUCACUGCAGUCAUAAACCCUCCACAGGCCUGCAUCCUAGCGGUGGGUCGAGCAAGACCAGAGCUCAAAGUUGUGGAAGAUGAGGAAGGGAAUGAGAAGCUUAAGCAGCAUCAACUCAUGACAGUGACUCUUUCAAGUGAUGGUCGUGUGGUAGAUGAUGAACUGGCUUCAAAGUUUCUGGAGACCUUAAAAGCAAACCUCGAGAAUCCAAUACGACUUGCCUUGUGUUAA